UGAAAACAGUAUAAUUCCAUAUGAUUUUUGUGAAUCUUUUCUUGCGUUGUCUCUCUACAAUUCCAUCACUAACACACUUUAAAUAAAUAAUCAAAAAUAUAAACAUUCCUUUUUUGGAUUAUCCAUUUGUUUAGUACUUUUUUUCUUGGCUGCAUAUAUGGUUGCAAAGUCUGAGCUUCAAUUUCCAACCAACAAAAAUUCUUCUUCUUAAUCUAUUAGGAAAUGAUAUAAAGGGUGUUUUCAAAUAGCAGUUUUCAUGAUUUGGGUUGGAAGCAUUGUAGGCAUGGAGAUCUCAACCCAACAAGAGAAUUCUGAUCCCAACAAUGUUUCAGUAGCUACGUUGAGCUUAUAUGAUCUCCUACGCUCAGAUGCACCAAAUUGGGGUAGCCAAAAGGAUCAGUCGUCUUCUUCAUGUCCACAGCUAAGGCUGGAGAGUCUGUUACGUCAAUCCUGCAAUAAAUACUGUGCAGAUUGUGGAUCUCCAGAUCCAAAAUGGGUAUCCUUAAGUCUUGGAGUAUUUAUUUGUAUCAAGUGUUCGGGUGUACAUAGAAGCCUUGGCGUGCAUAUUUCAAAGGUUCUAUCAGUGAAGUUAGAUGAAUGGACCAAUGAAGAAGUUGAUACUUUGGAAAGUUUGGGUGGAAAUAUUGUGGUAAACAAGAAGUAUGAAGCUCAUGUCCCAAACAGCCUUAAAAAACCAAAACCAAACUCCUCUAUAGAGGACCGCUUUGAUUUUAUUAGGAGAAAAUAUGAGCUGCACCAAUUUUUGAACUCUGAUGAAAAUAUGUUCUGCCUCUACCCACCAUCUCAUAAAAGGAGUGGUUCAUCCCCAAGCAGUUCUUCAAGCAAUAUCUCUAUGCAAGAUAAGAAACAAUACGAGAAACAAGUAACCAGAAAUCGUAUUGGGCAUGCAUUUCGUAACAGCUGGGGAAGAAAAGACUCUAAGAAGAGAAGCUCACAGGCAGGUAUGGUUGAAUUCAUUGGAUUGAUUAAGGUCAAUGUGGUCAAAGGCACCAAUCUAGCUAUUCGGGACAUGAUGACUAGUGACCCUUAUGUCAUUCUUUCUUUGGGUCAUCAAUCAGUAAAGACUCGUGUCAUCAAGAGCAACCUGAAUCCAGUAUGGAAUGAAAGCCUAAUGUUGUCAAUUCCAGAACAUAUACCUCCUCUAAAAGUGGUUGUGUAUGACAAGGAUACGUUCACAACUGAUGACUUUAUGGGUGAGGCGGAGAUUGACAUUCAACCCCUGGUUGCUGCUGCCAUAGCCUACGAGAAGUCCGCAAUCAACGAGUCAAUGCAGCUUGGAAAGUGGGCAGCAAGCAAGGAUAACACUCUAGUUAAAGAUGGUGUCAUUAACCUAGUAGAUGGGAAGGUCAAACAGGAGAUCAAUCUCAGACUGCAGAAUGUUGAGAGGGGAGUGCUGGAUAUUGAGCUCGAGUGUGUUCCUCUAACUCAAUAACAGGGACAAUUAGAAUUCAACGAAUACAAAUUCUUGUGCUUUCGUUCUACCCAUCAGCCUGGUUAAGGGUAUCCCCUCCGAUGUUUGCUUGUAUAUUGCCAUUAUUCUUGUUUCAUAAUUCUUAUGGAGAUGAAGAGGAAUUUCUGAUGUGUAUUAAUUUGUAUUUCUGAUGAGGAAUUUCUGAUGUCCAUGGUUCAGUAGAUAUUAGUCAAGCUGCGAUCACCUCAAUUAUUUAAACUGCACAGUAUGGUAGGCAGUGGAUGACUGAUAAACGCAAUGUUGCUUGAAAUGUUAUCAUCAAACUUAUUCUUGGUAGGUAAGUCAGUAGACUAAGUACUAGCUUUUUGCGAA